AUCCCACAUUGAGCAAAAGGCCGGCUGCUGGAUCAAACAUUUUCGAGACGUCACUAAAUUGAGAUCUUCUUCUGUAGCUAGUAACACCCUAACUUCCUAACUAAUUUAUUCGAUAUCUAUUUAACUAUCAUUAAUGACACCGUACAACGUGAUAAACAAAUUCCGAUGAUGUUUUAUAAAUGUGCAAACUUCUUCUCGCCCGCACAUCUCAGCAGUUGACUGCGGACGCUGAGCUGAUCUGAAUUUGACCGCUCAACUCCCGGGGUGGCAAGGCUGUGAGUAGACCAAAAGCUUCAGUCUGUAUUUUGGUUGUUCCGCUGAACCGCGUUGGCUCACUCACCAAUACAUGUCUCUAGAGCAGAGGUCUUGGAAUAUCAUUGCAAAUGGCAAAGAGCAAGUUUGAGUAUGUUCGCCAAUUUGAGACGGUAGACAAGCUCCUACCAAACUCUUGGAUUGUGGUCAGAAUAGAUGGAAAAAACUUUCACAAGUUUUCAGAUAUUCAUGGCUUUGAGAAACCCAAUGACCUACGAGGGCUUUCGUUGAUGUCAGAAUCUGCUGCUAGUGUAAUGACAGAAUUUAAAGAUAUCAUCUUGGCAUACGGUCAGAGUGAUGAAUAUAGCUUUGUCAUGAAGAAGGACACAACACAGUAUGGCCGUAGAGCAAGCAAGCUAUCUACCACCAUAACAUCACUGUUUUCAUCAUCAUUUGUCUUCCUUUGGCCCAAGUUCUUCUCUGAUAAGCCUCUUCAGUAUCCACCAGCGUUUGAUGGACGGUGUGUCUUGUACCCAUCAAACAAAAACCUUAGAGACUAUCUCAGCUGGAGACAGGCUGAUUGUCAUAUCAAUAAUUUGUAUAAUACCUGUUUCUGGACUCUAAUCAAGCAAGGUAGUUGUUCACCCAAAGAAGCCGAAGAGAGACUAAAGGGGACAGUAUCAGGUGAUAAGAAUGAGCUCCUCUUCUCAGAGUUUAACAUCAAUUACAACAAUGAACCUGAAAUAUUCCGCAAGGGAACUACUCUCCUGUGGAACCUGGUAGAAGAAGAAGUCACGAGUGGACAAGGAACAGAGUUUGAAAAGACAGUGAAAAAAACAAGGAGGACUGUUCAGAAAAUUCAUAAGGACAUUAUUGGGAAUAAUUUUUGGACUGAACACCCAGAACUGUUAGGAACAGAAGUUAGAUGACCACUAUAAUGAUCUGGGUUCUUAGUCUUUGUGAGAAGAUAAUAUUUCAAGAAUCAUGGAAUAUCUCCCUAUCCACUACCAACAGAAGCAGAGAAUUCUACAAGAAUUCUUUUUCAAGAAGUUUGAUUGACUGAUGUCAGUCUUUUCAAAGAUGAUAGGCUAGAACUGAUGGAGAAAUUCAUUUUGAUGACUCUGUACGCUUGCUCAACAAUGAUUAACAUAUGAGGCUCUUUGUCUAUAUUUUGAAGUACACCAUUGUAAGAACAAGUGUCUUCCCAAUUGUUACCAAUAGAUGCCAACAAAAUCUGCCAUAUUUUCAAAGAAAUUGACAUGAAUGUAAUUUGUGCGUUUCAUAAUUAACAUAAGAGGCUUGUGAGUCAACCCCUUCUUCCUCAGUCAUACAACUUAGAAUGGUCUGUGAGUAAGAAAUGAAAGAUUAAAGAAAUAUUUCACUGAGCAAUGAAUUCCAAGCACAGAGAUACAUAAGGAUUGAUCUACUAAGUGAGAUCUUAACAAAAUUGCAAUGUUUAAAUGUGGUUUGUAAUCAAUUUUUAAGAGAAACAUUGCACUUAAUACAUGAUGUUGAGUACUGUUAAUUUACUAUGUUGUCAACAAAUUUCUCAGGAUUAAGGCAAACAAGUGCUGUCACAAUAAGGGUGGAAGUUGUACACAUGUAUUAUGAAACGCACAAAUUACCAUACACCCUGAAUUCGGUGGAUUCACAAUGUGGUGCGUCAUCUAUCGGUUGCAGCAAACAGGCAAAAUUUCUAACUUUGGGGUCGACAUCGCGCACAGGCUUAGGCAGCGCACAGUGUAAGUGCUUCAAAAAUGAAAACCAUAUGGCAAGAAUUCACCAAAAACAGUCUAAAUUUUACAAAGGAAUAUACAGGCAAAUUUAUCUCCUACCUCCUGGACCCAAGUAUACAGCAUAUCCGGUAAAGCUGUGUCGGCCAGCGCUGAAUAAUCACAUGCAUGCAUUCACUUUAGUACUAGCACACGCAAAAGAUGUCGACUUUUCCUAUGAUGCAUUGCAAAUUUUGGCCUGUCCGCUGCAACCGAUAGAUGGUGCACCGUAUUGUGAAUCCACCGAAUUGCUGGGAGUAGAAAUUUAAUGGAAAUUCCUGUGUUUGAAGAAUGAAUGAUAAACAUGAACCUUUGUCCAUAGUAGAUAUCAUUCCAAGCAUCAUGUGCAAUUUUUUAUAUUGACCUUGUGGAAUAUGACCAAUUACAGAAGUCUGAUAGUCUUUGUUUUUAUGUUAUCCAUCCCAGCGGUUCCCACAUUGAAUAUAAAGCAAAGGUGGCCUUGAUAAAAAGUAUAAAU